AUGCUUUGGUUGCUAACGAUAUUCGUAGCCGGGAUUGCGGCCUGGCCAGUGUCGAAUCGAACCUCAUGCUUCAAAUACAUCGACUGCCUGGAGCAGACGCAGAUCACUUUCAAGAAAUGUUCCAGGGGAACCGUGUCGGCGUUGACGUCGGAGACGAGGGAUAGGCUAUUCCUAGCUGCCUCGGCCACACAUUGGAACAUCGUUGAGCAGUGCCAGCAGGAUCUCGAGCUCGAGGGUCUCGAUUUCGAUUCCCUCCAAGCCCUCGUCAAUGAAGAUUCGCGUCAAUGCUUCCGACGCAUGCACAAGAGGAAGAUGCCGCUCGAUGCCGUGUGCGAGGUGCCCGAAUUCCCAGUGGCCCCAGAAGGCGUCCAAACCGCUAGAUUCUGCCUGACGAGCUUCCGGGACAACCGCAAGAUGUGCGAGAAGCUGCUGGACUGCUGUCCGGAGCAUGUUAAAUGCGCGGAGCGGCUCACCAAGCUGUCAAUUGCUUAUCAGGAGGCGAAGAAAAAGUCCAUCAACAUUGCUGACAGGAUGUUGGGCUGCGUCUAUGAGAGCCUGGGCUUGGCUCCGCCGCCAACGACAGCCGUGGAGGGCGAUUUUGCUAGGAAGCACCGAAAUGCUGAAGCCAAGGGAAAACAGCAAAAUGUCCUCACCGGCCAUCAAUCGUCUGUUCGGUUUAUUAAAAAAGAAAGGAAACAGAAGAAGCUGAAGAAGCUUCCGGUAGCCACCACCGAGAGCCCCCACGCCUACGCCACGAUCAAGGGCUCCGAUUUUCCGGUGCUCCAUGAGCAAGUGGAAGAGCGGCAGAGGGAGAAAUAUGCCGAUAAACUGAUCGCAGGAAGGGGGCAGCAGCAGAGACCCCUGGAAACCGAUUCUGGCAUGGAACCAGCAGUAGUCGUAACUGAAGCUCCAAAAAUCGAAAAGCCCGUGGUAGAGGAGGCUACAAAGAAGGUAAUCCUCAACGACUGGAAAAAUCUCAGCGUGGAAAGCCGGGUGGAAAAAGAGAAAAUUCUGGAGGAAAUGCUGGAGACAACACCUGAACCUGUUGAAGACGCUACGACGGAAACUCCGACAACUACUGAAGCCGUUGCACCUGAGGCUCGGGUCACAGAAGCGACCGUGAUUCUGGAGCAACCGGAAGUGAAGGUGGAAGUAGAAGAGGCCAAGAAGAUGCUGGAAAGGACUGACCCCUUCGAGACGUACGAUGAUGGGACGAAGCUGGAUGAGGAAAUUGGGGUCGACUUCGUCUCCCCUUCGACUACGGUCGCUCCAGAAGCCACGAGCGAAAUUUCAAUGACAUCGACAUCCCCGUCUUCAAGCAGCACCUCGGCCGAUCCCCAGAACGUCUCCUUCGAAAUCGUACCCGACAGCCAUGAAAAGGAGAAAACAGGAGCUUUGCCGCUUCCGGAAACCUUGGAAGCGAUUCAGAAGAAAUCCGCAGAAGAGGUUGCCACCACCACUCAUAGGGUAGAACUUGUGAAAUUCCUGCUCUCCACUGCUGAUCCUACGGAGAGCCAAUAUUACCUGAAGCUUGUAGCCGAAAAUCGCUACGACGAGCUCCAGAAAAUCGCGGAUCAAAAGAAGAUUCAGGAGAAGAAUGGGCCUACCGACAAACUGGCGUGGUGG